CUCUCUCUCUCUCUCCCUCUCUCUCUCCGUGCCAUUUCCCUCCGUUUGCUUUUGAAACACCGAGUUCUCGUCCUUCGUUACUCUUCAGGAAACCCCUCUGAAGAAGACACGAGAACCCCCCGAAACUGCAAAAAUCUUGUCUUCUCUGCAGAAAUGGCCGACCAACAAGAACAGAUCAGUCGACAAAACCCAGAUCAGACAGUCCCCGUGUCCGUCGAGCCUCGAAGCCAAGACUCGGACAGACCAUCGAAGCACAGCCUCCCGAACUUCCUCUUGUCGGUGAAGCUCAAGUACGUGAAGCUCGGUUACCACUACCUCAUCUCCAAAGCUCUGUAUCUACUCCUCGUGCCACUCCUCGGCAUCUCCUCGGUUCACCUCUCAACCCUCACGGCUCGAGACCUGGCCCAGCUCUGGGACCAACUCAGGUUCAAUCUCGUCACCGUCGUCGUCUGCUCGACCCUGAUGGUGUUUCUGGUCACUCUCUACUUCAUGACCCGACCCAGGAAAGUCUACCUCGUAGACUUCGCCUGCUACAAGCCCGACCCGGCCCGGAUAUGCACCCGCGAGACCUUCAUGGAGUGCUCGGAGCUCACGAAGGCCUUCACCGAGGAGAACCUCGCUUUCCAGCGGCGGAUCCUCGAGCGGUCUGGCCUCGGGCAGCGGACGUACCUGCCCGAGGCGGUGCUACAGGUCCCACCGAACCCGUGCAUGGCAGAAGCGCGGGCGGAGGCUGAGACCGUCAUGUUCGGGGCCGUCGACCAGCUGCUGGCCAAGACUGGGGUCAAGGCCAAGGACAUAGGGAUCCUCGUCGUGAACUGCAGCUUGUUCAACCCAACGCCAUCAUUGUCGGCGAUGAUCGUAAACCACUACAAGCUCAGAGGGAAUGUAUUGAGCUACAAUCUUGGUGGGAUGGGCUGCAGUGCUGGAUUGAUUUCUAUCGACCUUGCUAAGCAGUUGUUACAGGUACACCCUAACUCUUAUGCCCUAGUGGUGAGCAUGGAGAAUAUCACCCUCAACUGGUACUUCGGUAAUGACCGGUCGAUGCUCGUCUCAAACUGCCUCUUCCGGAUGGGCGGCGCAGCAAUCCUCCUCUCCAACCGGUCCUCAGACCGCCGCCGCUCCAAGUACCAGCUCAUCCACACCGUGCGCACCCACAAAGGCUCAGAUGACAAGAGCUACAGCUGCGUGUUCCAACGAGAGGACGACAAGAAGAAGAUCGGCGUGUCGCUCUCCAAGGACUUGAUGGCGGUUGCUGGGGAAGCCUUGAAGACCAACAUCACGACCCUCGGCCCGUUAGUGCUCCCAAUGUCGGAGCAGCUCUUGUUCUUCAUGACUUUGGUCGCAAGGAAGGUGUUAAAGAUGAAGAUUAGGCCAUACAUUCCUGACUUCAAGCUGGCCUUCGAGCAUUUUUGCAUCCACGCUGGAGGCCGAGCUGUUCUCGACGAGAUAGAGAAGAACCUCGAGCUCUCCGAUUGGCACAUGGAGCCAUCACGAAUGACUCUAUACCGAUUCGGGAACACGUCGAGUAGCUCAUUGUGGUAUGAAUUGGCCUAUUCGGAGGCCAAAGGAAGGAUUAGGAAAGGUGACAGGACAUGGCAGAUUGCUUUUGGGUCCGGAUUCAAGUGCAAUAGCGCGGUUUGGCAGGCGUUGAGGACCGUCGACCCAGCGAAGGAAAAGAACCCAUGGAUGGAUGAUAUUCACGAGUUCCCUGUCCAUGUUCCGAAAGCGGUGUCCAUUGGAUCUACCACAAAAUAAGUGCAUCGCUCGGGACGUUGCCAAUAUAGGCGAGGUUGAUUUUGAAGGAUAUGCAGAACCUUAAUUCUCCUUUUAACUUGUGUUCAAGCGCAAGCAUCAUCCCAAAUCUACUCGAUAUUAAACUUUUCUUCUCCUGGAAUCGAUUCCUGGAAGAAGUGUGCAUUUAGCUUUGUAAUUGUCCAUAUGACCGGUCAAAGCAGGUUUUCUAUAGCUGGAUUAAUUGAAGAAACUAUUGUGAAGUACACCUAUAAUGAAAAAUUAAUUUGAGACUUCGAACUUUAUAUUC